AUGCAUUCAUUCUCGUUCCAAUUGUCACAUGGUAUAGAGCAGGUUCCCUCGUGGGAACUGUUCCUAGGGCCCACCGUAAGAUUUUUUUUUUCCUGCCCGGAGCGCGCUCCGCCCCUGCCCGAGUCGCGCUCCCCUCCCCUCGCUUCCCUUAGCGGCCCCGUCGCGCCGCGCUUCCGGCCCCGGCGCCGCCUCUGCUGGCCCCGGCGCCCCCCUGUCGCGACCCCGCGGCCCCACCCUCGCGUCGCCCUGCGCGGCGUCGUUACAGCCGCCCGCGACCCCGACGCCGCCCGUCGCGACCCCGUCGCCCUUCGCGCCGCCCGCGACCUCGUCACCGCGGCCGCCUGCGACCCUACCGCUGCAGCCGCCCGCGACCCUGUCGCCGCAGCCGCCCGCGACCCUGCCGUCGCCGCCGCCCGCGACCCUGCUGUCGCAGCCGCCCGCGACCCUACCGUCGCCGCCGCCCGCGACCCUGCAGUCGCAGCCGCCUGCGACCUCGUCGCCGCGGCCGCCUGCCCUCCCGUCGCCGCAGCCGCGCGCGACUCCUGUGGUCGCAGCCGCCCGCGACCCCCCGUCGCCCCACCCUCUACUGCUGUCAUGGCUUCCCCCAGUGUCCUCACUUUUGACGCUGAGGGUCGGGCCAUUGACUUUGACGUCUGGGUAGAUGACCUGCAGCUUUUCCUACUGAGCGACAGAGCAGACGGCCUCUCCCUUUUUGACCUCACCUCUGGUGCCUCUCCUGCCCCUGCUGCUGAUGCUGACCCCACUGUUCGCUCCCAGUGGGCCACACGCGAUGCUGCUGCCCGCCUUGCUGUGCGCCGCCACUUGCCGACCUCUGAGCGUGCGCACUUUAGCCAGUACAAGAGUGCUAAGACCUUGUACGACGCUGUAGUUGCGCGCUACUCUUCCCCUGCCACUGCUGCGCUUAGCCGCCUUAUCCUACCGUACCUCUUCCCUGACCUCGCCGCUUUUCCCACUGUCGCUGACCUCAUUACGCACCUUCGCACUAGUGACACUCGCUACCGCGCUGCGCUUCCUGCUGAGUUCUGCGCCAAGAACCCCCCCCCCAUGUACAUCACCCUCUACUACAUAGUCACCCGGCUCCCUGACACCCUUCGCCCGGUUAGGGACCACUUCCUCUCUGUUUGCCCCACCACCCUCACCGUUGACCUCCUCGAGGAGCGCCUGCUCGCGGCAGAGAAGAGCAUAGUCGCAGUAGGUGCCUCUCGUGGUGACCCUCGUACCCCUGUCUUUGAGGGGUGCUCCCCCUCUCCCCUCUUGCCCUCUGUUGCCUCUGCUGCUGCGGCCGACCUCGUUGGUCUUGAGUCGGUCGCUGCGGCGUCUGCCCCUAGCGGGAGACGCCGCCCUGGCAAGGGCAAGGGGGGCAAGGGUGCUGGAGGGGCUGGAGGGGGCGGUGGAGGCGGAGGUGGAGGUGGUGGAGGGGGUGGGGGUGGCGGUGGGGGUGGUGGCGGGGGUGGGGGCGUCGGUGGCGGGACUGGAGGUGGAGGUGGAGGCGGCGGUGGCGGUGGGAGCGGAGGUGGCGGAGGUGGCGGUAGUGGAGGAGGUAGCGGCGGAGGCGGCGGAGCUGGUCGGGGUGGCGCUGCGCAGAGGGGUGGCUCCGGUGGUGGUGCGCGCCAGCAGCAGCAGCAGCAGCAGCGUACCCGUGAGACCCCUUCCCCCCAGCAGCUUCGUGAGUGGUACGCUGCUCGUCAGCGGGGUGGGGGUGCUGGCCCCUGCACCUACGUUCUCCGUACCGGCGACCGGGCGGGUGAGCAGUGUGGAGGCCCGCACCCCACCCAGCGCUGCUUCGGUCGGCUGACAGACGCGUGGCGCCACCAGUUCCCCGACGCUACGGAGAUCCCUCGCUGGGGCGAGCUGUCUAGGGCGGGUGUUGCAAUCUAUGAUCUUGACUUUGAUGCUAUUCUUGCUGCCAUGUAUGCUGUGACUAUUAGUGAUGAGGGUGACUGUUACCGGUGUUUCCCGCCUGACCCAGGCAUAGAGGCUGCUGCGCUAGGUACUUGUGAGGCUGCUGCUCUAGGUGCCAGUGCGUCUGCUGCCCCAGGUGCCGGUGAGUUUGCGCUCUCAGGUGCUGCGUCGCCCCCGGACACCCACACCUUCACCCUUGACUCGGGUGCUUCCCGCUCCUUCUUUCGAGACUGCACCACUCUCACGCCGCUCAGUCGGCCUGUUGCGGUCUCCCUAGCGGACCCCUCUGGGGGUCCUGUCCUUGCUCACUACUCCACUGUCCUACCGUGUCCAGCGGUCCCGUCUGGCUCCCUGUCGGGUCUCUACCUCCCCUCGUUCUCUACGAACUUGGUGGCGGGUGCUGACCUCCAGGAUGCAGGAGUUGACCAGUUCACCCCUGCGCGUCAGCGGGUGACCCACUGCACUUGUGCGGACACGGGCCGCCACUUGGCCACGUUUGCUCGUCGGCCAGGGUCGAGCCUGUACACACUGACUACUGAGUCUUCCCCAGUCACUGAGUCUGCUCAGGUAGCCGCGUCGGGUCAGGUGUUUGCUGCGGCGUCCAGGUCUAAUCCUGAGUCUGCCCCCUGCUCGUGUCGUCUCCUGUCUCACCGGACUCUCCUCUGGCACCACCGUCUUGGUCACCCCUCCCUGCCUCGCCUUCGAGGCAUGGCUUCCCGUCUUCUUGUUUCUGGUCUCCCCCGGUCCCUCCCUCCUCUUCCUCCGGGGCCUGCCCCCACCUGCGUUCCCUGCGUCGAGGGGCGGCAGCGCGCUGCUCCUCACUCCUCCGAGUUUCCUCCGACAGAGGCUCCGCUGCAGACGCUUCACAUGGACGUGUGGGGCCCAGCCCGCGUCCGUGGGCAGGGUCAGGAGCGCUACUUCCUGCUGGUGGUUGACGACUACUCGCGUUACACCGCAGUCUUCCCCUUGCGCAGCAAGGGUGACGUCACUGAGGUGUUGAUCGCCUGGAUCCGCGCGGCUCGUCUCCAGCUCCAGGAGAGUUUCGGCUCCGACUUUCCUGUUCGGCGUCUGCACUCCGACCGAGGCGGAGAGUUCUCCUCUGACCUUCUGCAGACCUUCUGUCGCACACGAGGCAUCCGCCAGACCUUCACGCUUCCGGACUCUCCGCAGCAGAAUGGGAUUGCUGAGCGCCGCAUCGGCAUGGUCAUGGACGUCGCUCGUACGUCCAUGAUCCAUGCGGCUGCUCCCCAUUUUCUGUGGCCGUUUGCGGUUCGGUACGCGGCGCAUCAGCUCAACCUUCACCCCCGGGUCUCCAUGCCGGAGACCUCCCCUGCUUUGCUGUGGACGGGGAAGGUUGGUGAUGCGUCGCGUUUUCGGGUCUGGGGAUCUCGGGCUUUUGUCCGAGACUUGUCUGCGGACAAGCUGUCCUCUCGUGCUGUUCCCUGCGUCUUCCUUGGCUUUCCCCCUGACGCGCCAGGCUGGCAGUUCUACCACCCCACCUCGCGCCGUGUCUUCGCGUCCCAGGACGUCACCUUUGACGAGUCGGUUCCCUACUACCGUCUCUUCCCCUACCGCACUGCGUCCCUCCCUCCCCCGCCGCUCUUCCUUACACCAGGCCCCCCUCCGGUAGACCCCCUCCCCCCUCAGGGUCCUGCUCCCUCAGGUGUGUCCCAGGUAGAUGCAGUUGAGCCAGUCGAGGUAGCUGUUGACUCUGGUACUGCUGGUGGUGCUGAGCCUGGGGGUGCUGGGUCUGGGGGUGCUGCGACUGGGGGUGCUGGGUCUGGGGGUGCUGCGACUGGGGGUGCUGAGCCUGGGGGUGCUGAGCCUGGGGGUACUGAGCCUGGGGGUGCUGCGCCUGGGGGUGCUGCGCCUGGGGGUGCUGCUGGGGGUGCUGAGCCUGGGGGUGCUGAGUCUCGGAGUGCGGAGCCUGAGAGUGCUGGACCUGCUCGUCCGGCGUCUGGUGGUGCUGAGCCUGGCGGUUCCUCCGGUGCUUCGUCCCGGCGGGAGCUGCUCUCUCCACAGGAGCUGCGUGAGUGGUUCGCCCGGCGCUGGCGACGUGCUGCUGGAGCUGGUGGUGCUGCAGGAGCUGGGGGUUCUACUGCUGCUGAGAGUGCUGGUGCCGAGGGUCCCAGAGGUGCUCGUACCGAGUGUACUGGAGCUGCUGACCCUACGAGUGCUCCUCCUGCUGGAGCUGGUGGUGCUGCUGGUGUUGCUGGCGCUGGAGCUGCUGGUGCUGCUGGAGCUGCUGGUGCUGCUGGUGCUGCUGGUGCUGCUGGUGCUACUGGCGUUGGUGCUGCUGGAGCUCCUGGAGCUGGAGCUGCUGCGUCUUCGGGUGGUCCGGCUGGAGCUGGAGCUACUGGGGGUGUUGGCGCUGGGGGUGCUCCUGGCGCUGGUGCUGCUGGGGGUGCUGGAGUUGGAGCUGCUGGAGUUGCGGGUCUUCCUGGUGCUGGUGCUCCCGCUGGGGGCGCUGGUGCUGUUCCUGCUGGCACUGGUGGAGCUGCGCGGCCGCGGCCGUACUUCGUUCCGCUCCUUGAGCAGGUUCUUGGUCUUCCGUCCUCUCUUGGUCCUGCUCCUGCCUUAGAGUGUCCGCCUCCUGUCCAGUCUGAGUCACAGUUACAGCCACCUUCCCCGCUUCCUUCUCCUUCUCCCUACACUGGUCCUACUGGAGGUCUUGCUGAGCGUCGUGAGCCUGCGUCUCGCCCUGCGUCGCCUGUCCGUGCUGCUCGCACUAGUGGUCGUGGUUCGCGUCAGCGUCCUCCCCCUGUCCCCGGCACGCACCGGAUGUCUCUGCGUCCUUCCACUGCUCCGCUGCGUGCCCCUUUGCCCUCUCCUCCAGCGUCCUCUCUUCCUGAGCUUCCUGACCCGGAGUCGGACUCCCUUCGUGCUGCGCGUCCUACUGUCACGCGUCUCCUUGCUACUGUCGUCACUGACCCUUCCUUUGAGUCUACUGCUGCGUCUGCCCUAGUUGCUGAGCUUGUCGACUUCGCUGCUCGCUGUCGCCUAGACUACGCUACCAGUCUCGUCGCUGAGUCUGAGUCUGUCUGUCCUCCGUCCGUCGGGGGUGAGUGUGCUCUUGGCACGGACGUCCUAGAGGACAGGCAGGAGGAGUUCCAGUGCUUGGCUGCUGUUUCACCUCAUCUCGUGUCCAUGCUGCUUGCCCCUGAGGGAGACCCGGAUGCACUUGACAUCCCGACUCCGCGCUCUUACGCGGAGGCGAUAGAGGGUCCCUACUCCUCUCAGUGGCAGGCAGCCAUGGACGCAGAGAUGGCUUCCUGGAAGUCCACACGCACCUACGUUGACGAGGUUCCCCCGCCUGGGGCGAACAUCGUCAGUGGCAUGUGGAUUUUCAGGGUGAAGCGGCCGCCGGGUUCUCCGCCUGUCUUCAAGGCGCGUUACGUGGCUCGUGGUUUCAGUCAGCGGCAGGGAGUUGACUACUUUCAGACUUUCUCCCCCACCCCGAAGAUGACCACUCUUCGGGUACUGCUGCACAUAGCCGCUUACCGAGACUACGAGCUGCACUCUCUUGACUUCAGCACUGCUUUCUUGCAGGGCAGCCUUCACGAGGAGAUCUGGCUGCGCCGCCCACCUGGCUUCACUGGGUUGUUUCCUCCUGGUACCCAGUGGAGCCUCCGGCGGCUAGUCUACGGUCUCCGCCAGGCGCCUCGUGAGUGGCACGACACACUGAGGACUACACUUGCGGCCCUUGGGUUUGCUCCUUCUACUGCCGACCCGUCGCUGUUUCUGCGCACCGACACUUCUUUGCCGCCGUUCUACAUCCUCGUGUACGUCGACGACUUGGUCUUUGCUACAGCUGACACUGCUGGACUUGCCUACGUGAAGUCCGAGCUGCAGAAGAGACACACGUGCACAGACCUGGGUGAACUGCGCAGCUACCUUGGCUUGCAGAUCACCAGGGACAGAGCACAGCGCACCAUUACCCUGACUCAGUCACAUAUGGUGCAGCAGGUCCUUCAGCGCUUCGGCUUCACGUACUCCUCGCCUCAGGCCACUCCUCUGCCUACGCGCCACUCGCUCUCAGCUCUGCCUUCGGAUGAGUCCGUAGAGUCGAGUGGCCCGUACCCAGAGCUUGUCGGCUGCCUCAUGUACCUGAUGACCUGCACUCGACCUGACCUUGCAUACCCUCUUAGCAUUCUGGCACGCUUUGUUGCUCCUGGGAGACACAGACCAGAGCACAUGGCUGCAGCGAAGAGGGUGUUGCGCUACUUGUGCAGUACGUCGGGCAUGGGGCUUGUGCUUGGAGGGCAUAGUUCAGUGGUCCUCACUGGUCACGCAGACGCUUCUUGGGCUGACGACCAGGCUACGCAGCGGUCGUCACAGGGUUACACCUUCAGCCUUGGUUCCGGCUCUGUUUCUUGGCGGUCUACCCGCUCGUCUUCUGUUCUCGGCUCCAGUUGUGAGGCUGAGAUCUACGCAGGGGCCAUGGCUGCACAGGAGCUACGCUGGCUCACCUACCUGCUGACUGACCUGGGAGAGCCGCCUCGUUCUCCUCCAGUGCUGUACGUAGACAACAAGGCCAUGCUGGCCUUGUGUCAUGAGCACAGACUGGAGCACAGAACGAAGCACAUCGCUCUCCGCUACUUUCUUGCUCGUGAGCUGCAGCAGCGUGGUCAGCUGCGCCUUGCUUACGUGGCCUCUGAGGCCAACACUGCUGAUAUCUUCACUAAGGCACUCGCGCCUUGUGAUCAUCAGCGCUUCUGCACUCUGUUAGGUCUUGUACCUACCUUGCCUCACUUGCUUACUUCUUGA